UAUUAAUAUAUGUGAUUUAGAAACGCAGUUUACGAGCUACAAAACUUUUUUUAUAAAUAGUUUUAUAGUUUUGUUUUUGAAAAUCAUCAUUAGAAGCUUCUGAGUUAAUUGCAAUCAAUUUAUCUAGUCGUGAUAAAUUAUCGAUUAAUUUAGUAUUAAUCAUACUACCUGUCAUUAUUCAGUAGUAAUUGAUAGUUUUAGAAAAUCAUGGAAUUGAGCAAAAGUAUAAAAAGUUUAUAUUUUUGGUCAUUAUUAAUUUCACUAUUAAUCAGUGAGCCCGUAGGCAGUGAAAAUUUAUUUAAAAAAAAAUCCCGAGUGCCGCGAGAUAUUUACGAAUUUUUUUGUGACGAGCAAAUUUCUUACAGCGAUGAAGAAGUGAAUAUUUAUUUAUUUACAAACAACAAUGGAAAUUUGUCAACGCAGAUUAAAUUUAAUGGCACUCACCAUAAUUUAACGGAGGUAAACUUUAAUCCAAUUAACCCGACUAAAAUAAUCGUACACGGUGAAAACGCGAACAUGGAUCUGUACCCGCUUAUUGACAUGAGAUCAAAUUAUCUUAAUAAAAGUGAUAGUCAUUAUAAUGUGAUAGCCGUGGAUUGGGGAAAACUUGCCACGGGUUGUUUUCUGCGGGCUGUAAAAAACGCUAAGAAAGUUGGCUACCGAUUGGCCCAACUGGUCCAGGAAUUGGUGCGCUAUGGCGCUGAAGAUAUUCACGUAAUUGGGUUCAGUUUGGGAGCCCAUAUUCCAGCCUUUGCUGCUAACUCAUUGAGACCGUACAAACUACCGCGAAUUACGGGGCUGGAUCCAGCGUUGCUUUACCUUGACUCUGAAUUGGACGAUAAAUUGGAUGCGGGUGACGCCGAAUUCGUGGACGUUUAUCACACAGAUAUUUUUUACCAAGGCAAAGUAGAGAAAUGCGGUCAUGCCGAUUUUUACAUGAACGGUGGCAAGGAUCAGCCAGGAUGCAGUUCUGAAAACAAACAUAGUUGUAAUCAUUUGAGAGCCGCGAUUUACUUCGCGGAGUCUAUUAAUUCAGAAAUUGGUUUUUGGGCCUAUCAGUGCUUUAGUUACAGCGCUUAUAUUUUUGGUAGAUGUAAAUCUAUAGCGCCAACUGUGCUUUCCGGUGAUAGAGUUUUUAAAAAUGCCUCUGGGUUUUAUGUUGUUGUUACUAAUGCUCAAAAACCUUUUGCCAAAGGUUGUCUUCUUUGAGAUUUUUACAGAAUUUCUUCAAAUUAUUCUUGUCGAUUUUUAUUUGGAAUUUUGUUUUGAACAUAAUUCUAAAAAAAUUUUAUAUUUUGUAAUCAUUUUUAAUGACUCAAAGAAUUAUUUUUGAUAAUAUAAAAAAAUGGUUCCCAGAAACUUUAAUUAUGAAUAAUUGAUUCCAUUUAUCUACAAUAUACUGCGCAAA